AUGACUGGAACUGCUGUGUCUGUGUGCCUACUUUUUCUGCUGUCUGUAUGUUCUGCGUGCUACAUUUCUAACUGUCCCAUUGGUGGGAAGAGGUCCAUCAUGGAUGCCCCACUGCGCAAGUGUAUGUCCUGUGGCCCCGGGGAUAGGGGCCGCUGCUUUGGACCCAGUAUCUGCUGUGGGGAGGGCCUUGGUUGCCUGCUGGGUUCUCCAGAAACAGCUCACUGCGUGGAGGAAAACUACCUACUCACUCCUUGCCAGGCAGGAGGGAGGCCGUGUGGAUCUGAGGGUGGACGCUGUGCUGCUUCAGGACUCUGCUGUGAUGCAGAAAGCUGCACCACAGACCAAACCUGCCUCAUCGAAGAGGAGGGAGAUGAUCAAGCCAGCCAAUUCGACGGCAGCGACCCUGGAGACAUCAUCCUCAGGUUCCUGCAUCUGGCUGGCCACUCUUCUCCUCAUCGAAUUCACCAAUGA